ACAUUUUUAAUUAGCGAAUAAAAAGUGAAAACGACCUUGUACCAGUAUGCACACUACACGGAACUUCAAAAACGUUGCUGAGUGGACGCUUGCUUAUGUCACGUGCUAUGAUGCAAAUUUAUAUUUCAUUCUUAAGGAACGUUGUUAUAUAUAAGUAAAAACAACUGAUACUUAUAGCCAAAUAAUGAUAAAUUAGCUUAGUGUUAAGACUAUUUCGCAGAUUCAGAAAGGAUUUCACUACAGAAACAUAACAUUCGUGCAAAGGGAGGUACCCGUAAAUUCAACAAAAUGAAAUUCUUAUUCUGUCUUGCUCUAGCUGCCAUGGUGACAGUCCAAUAUUGCAGCGCAUGUACAUGUAGUCCUAAUAAUACAGUACAAGAAAAAUAUUGCAACGCGGACUUCUUGAUUCUUGUCAAGGUACUCAACGAUGGCAUUGUCUAUGGCGGGAAUAGAGUCUACAGAAUAAACCUAAUCGCUACAUACAGAUCAAAGGUGUAUGGAGGUGUUGACGUCCGAAAAUUAUACACAGCAACAAACAGUGCUGCUUGUGGCGUUAUUCUACAGAAAGGGUACUAUUAUAUUCUCACAGGAUACUAUCCCAGAAAUAUUAGACAGAGGCAAAUCCACACUGGACUGUGUUAUGUUCAACAACGAUUUCGUUUUAAUCCGCAGAGGGUUUACAAACCACCAAGAUGUAACUGAUUUUGGUGCCGCCGUGAUACUUAGUAAAGUAUCGUGGAUUGUUUUAGUAUCUAGUGUUUGGUUAUCAAUAAAUACUUCUCUAAAAUUGUGUUUAUCAUAUUUACACACUUUCAUACAUCUUUAUGACAGGUUUUAUUCUUUGGGAAUUAAAAGCGAGCCUUAUUAUUUCAGUCGUAAUUGUAUUUACUGUUGGGAAUAGCACUGUGCUUGUAGCCUAGAAAAAUGUGCCCAGCUCAGCAUUUAAUUUAAGAGCAGAAUAUUUAAGGCACCAGAAAGAGUGUUUUAUAAAGCCCGGUUUUUUAUUUAAAUCGUUUGAACAGAAAAGUGAAAAUGCCGAAAAUUGUAAUUAAAUGAGCAGGACAUAAUCACAUAAC